AUUCAUAUGUUUUGCGGUGAUAAACAGGAGCGGCUCGUCAGGGGAGACUUUGAGACUGCGCCCCCCUAAAAAAACAACUGCUAGUAAAUAAUAAACAUUUAAAAAUAGAUUUCAUGUCACCCCAGUUGAGAACCACUGGAUUAGAUGAUAAAAUAAUCAUAUGGUAAUUACAACGGCGGUUUAUUAUACAAUCAUCAAUGGACGUAAGUAAACAUUGAAAAUGAUAAUGGACAACGUGCGGAUUUGACACUAUUUGUAAUCUGCAUUGCUAUUUGGGUCCAAGUUUUGAUGGACCAUCAAUUUGUAUUCCGAUCCGUAUAAAUGUUUUAAUUUUUGUAGUUGUAUACAUUUGUUUUGAUUCAAUCGUAAUUUUUCGUUAUUUUACAACUAUGGUUAAAGUCAAUAAAGAAGCUUACAUCCCGCUGUUGCCGUAUGAUCUAGGAUACGAAGAAACCAUUUUACAAUUAAUCAAAUCGCUGGAUUGUCUUGAUAAAGUUGUCGAUUGUGUGUUUGAACAUGUUCGAGGUAAUAUUAACAAACAAAAAUCGGACAUAGUUAAACUGAAUGAUAAAUUACACGACGUAACAAACAAAGUACAACGAUUGUCCAGUAUUAAGAAAUCUGUUCAAGUAUAUUCUAGCUCCAAGUAUCCAGCUACUCAUUGUCAUAAAGAUUAUGAAUACAGUUAUGAUUUUAAUGUAAAAUCGGAUAUUGUGAAAAAUAUCCAAGUUGAUCAUCAAAUAUGCGUGUCUAAUGAUCCGUCCGAUAAACUUAAGUUUUAUCAUGUAAAUAAUGAAAGUAAAAAAAUAUUAAAAAAAAAUGAUAUAUUUGGAAUGAAAGGCUUAGGUGACUUACCUGAUGAUAUAAAAUACUUAAGCUCCUUAUUAUUAUUUAAUACAAAUGAGAAUUUAUAUAAAAACUAUGGUCUAUCAAAUCCGUAUCGAGUUAAGAAGACAACGAUUAAUCAAGUUAAAAAUACUGAUGAAAACAUUUAUAAACCAGUAUUUACAUUACCAUUAAAUGAAACUGAGAAUCAAUUUGACUAUUCUUAUACACCAGUGUCCGAUGAAGUUCCUUCAAUUGAUGUGCCAGCUGAUUUACCUGACCUUCCAGGAAUUGCUGGUGAUUUUUUGUGCUUUAAUGAAAAAGAACAAAUAGAAGUGCCAGUUGUUUGUCAACCAUCCAAUGUAGUAGAUCUUCCAAGUUUUGAUGAGUUAGACCAUUUAAAAAAAGAUGAAACUAUAGUUGAUGAUUCAAAAUCAUUUGUGCAAGAAAAUGUUGAAUCUGAAUUUGAAAAAUCAUCAGAUGUUAUAUCUAUACAAAACAACACUGAAAAUAUUGAAAGUGUCAAUAGUUCUGUGAAAUAUGAUCAAAAAAUCAGUAAUAUAUAUGAAAACAAUGACAAUAGACAUAGUGUACUUAUGGACGAAAUACGAAAUGCUGGAGGGUUAAAAAAAGCAAAAUUGCGUUCAGUCAGAGAUAGGAAAACAGAUGACGAAACAGUUCCUUCAGGUGAUGGCUUAAUGGCUGAUUUACAUAAAAAAUUAGCAAUGCGAAGAAAAGGGAUUUCUGGUAAUAAUAAGCAAAAUGAUAGUGGUUUAGAAGGUGUUUUUCAUCGAAUGGCAUCAAUAAUGUUACCUCCUAAUGAAUCUGAAAGUGAAGCAGAUGUAGAAGAUGACACAGGUGAUUGGGAUGAUUAAAAUAU